GAGGUAGGUGCGUGAGGUGUUUGGAUGGGGAGGAGGGUGUGGGGGGUUGAUGAUGAUGAUGAUGAUGGAGGAAAUAAUAAAGCAUGGAAGGAAACUUCUGAAACAAACCCAAUGAAGGUGGGCGUGAUUCAACGAGGGGGAUUGACAAGUCGCCUCAUGAAAGAGGGUUUCUUGUGUUGAGGAGGAUGGGAGAGCGGUUGGUUACGGAGUGUCCGGGUGGCAGGUCUCCAAUGUUGGGGCAUCCCUCAGCCGCCCCCGGUGUGACCGUCAACAACAACAACCACCAUAAUAAUAAUAAUGACAAUAAUAAUAAUGAUGAUGGUGGUGGUGGUGGUGGUGGUGAUGGGGAUGUGAGCGGGGGGCGGCGCUGCUCCCCGGGGGGCCGGGGGAGCUCCCCCCCGGGCUGCGGGGGUCACCCCGGGCCGGCCGAGUGCCUCCCCCCUCCCCCGCCACGGCAGCCCAAGAGGAGGCACCGCAGGCGGCCGUCCAAGAAGAAGCGGCGCUGGAAGCCCUACUUCAAGCUGUCCUGGGAGGAGAAGAAGAAGCUGGACGAGCGGGAGAGCGUCCGGGCGGCCAAGACCCGCGCCGAGAUGUUCGCCAAGGGCUUCACGGUGGCUCCGUACAACACCACCCAGUUCCUGAUGGAGGAGCACAACCAGGAGGAGCCCGACCUCAACACCGGCGUCUGCCCCAAGCGCGCCGGCCGGUCGGACGAGACCAGCGAGGAGGAAGAGCUGGACGAGGAGGAGCAGGACAGCGGCAGCGACGGCAUGGGGGGCGACGGCGGCGGCGAGUUCCUGCAGAAGGACUUUUCCGAGACUUACGAGAAGUACCACGCCGAGAGCCUGCAGAACAUGACCAAGCAGGAGCUGAUCCGGGAGUACCUGGAGCUGGAGAAGUGCCUGUCCAGGCUGGAGGACGAGAAGAACCGCCUGAGGGGCCGGCUGGACAGCCUGAAAGCCACCAGAGGCGGAGAUGCUGCCGCCGCCGCCGCUGCUGCUGCGGAGAGACAGAUGCAGGAGAUCGAGAGCGAAGUGGAGAAGUUAAAAGCUGAAAACCAGAGACUCGAGAAAGAGAAUGAACUGUACAAACAAGAAAGGAGGUGUUUAGAGAACGGGAAAUAAAUGGACAUUAAUCACCUACAAUGUAAAUAUUUUAAUGUAAGUGUUUUAUAAAAAUGCAUUGGAAGAACAUCAUCUCCCCCCCUUUCCCAUUUUGUGUACAUUUUCUGUUGAACUUUUUAUGUGCAACUUUGCCUUAUUUCCCCUCUGAGGUCAAGGUAUACAGUGUUUUACUGACCAACUUUUUGAUGCGUUGUGUCCAGAGCCAUGUACAUCGUCAAAAAAUGACAUCCAUCAAAGUAAUAGUCUAAGAAUAAAUAUAACAUUAGUGAAGUCAUAAA